AUGGCGGAUAUGAAAGACGGGAAGUUUGCGCACGACACCACGGUGGCUCCCCAGGCCAACCGCGUCUUCCCCCUCUUUUCGCUCAAGGGCAAGACGGCCAUCGUCUCAGGUGCCAACUCCGGCAUCGGUCUGGCCGUCGCCCAAGCCCUCGCCGAGGCGGGCGCCAACGUCGCCAUCUGGCACCUCCAGAGCAAAGACGAAGCGGAAAAAGCCGCCUCAGAAAUCGAGAAGGAAUACAGCGUCAGGUGCAAGGCCUACCACGUAAACGUCAGGUCGUACGACGAAGUCUCCUCGGCAAUCGACGCCAUUGUCACCGAGUUUAACGGUCGCCUCGACGUCUUUGUCGCCAACGCGGGCAUCCCCUGGACAAAGGGUCCCAUGCUCGACGGACCCGUCCAAGCGUACUCAGACGUGAUCAGGACCAACCUGGACGGCGUCUACUUUUGCGCGCGCGCGGCCGGCCUGCACUUUCGUCGGCAGAAGCAGGAGGGCACGACCGUACACGGCGCGCCGCUCGAGCCGCGGUUCACAACGGGUAGCUUCAUCGCCACGGCCAGCAUGAGCGGGCACAUCGUCAACGUGCCACAGCUGCAGGCGGCGUACAACGCGAGCAAGGCGGCCGUGGUGCAUCUGUGCAGGAGUCUGGCCGUCGAGUGGGUGGGCUUUGCGCGGGCUAACUCGGUCAGCCCCGGGUACAUCAACACCAGCAUUUCGGAGUUUUGCGACCCAGAGACGAAGAGGGUUUGGAAGGAUAAGAUCCCUAUGGGUCGCGAGGGCGAGGUGAUCGAGCUCAAGGGAGCAUAUCUCUAUCUAGCGUCGGAUGCGUCGUCGUAUACCACCGGGACGGAUGUCGCAGUGGACGGCGGCUACUGUGCGCCAUGA